AUGAAAAAGAAAAACACAAGAGCACUGCUGUUACCUAGCUAUAUAGAAGCACUCACUAUACUAAUUGCCAUAUGGGCGCAUAUAUCGUGCAGUCAAAGUAAAAAAGAAUAUACCUGGAUAUCUAGAGGUGUGUAUGUACGCGCAGAAUCAGAUGAAGAGAGUUCAAACAGCACACCUUCUCCUGCACCCGAAAGAGAUUCUAUGUGCUCGGACACAGAUAAUGCACACACGUCUACCACACCCCGGAUUAAAACAAUAGACUAUCUAUCGGCUCUCAAAAAAAAUACGUUAUUCAAUCGCAUGGCUGCUGAGUCAGAUGCAUUCUAUUGUGUAGAAGGGUUUGGCCAGCUGCAAGAAGAGCCCGAUAUAGCCAUUGCGCAAGAAAAGGAUGCUUUCUCAAAACAGAAUGGGAAGGAAAUAUAUGACUGCUUUGACAAUCUGACUCUUUUCUCGUUUACCAGAGACAGAAUAAAAACCCCAGAACCCGGCAUUGAACCAGAAGGUUAUGCAUACAUUGAUAAAGUAUUCCGCCUAAUGGACAUUAUCCGAUCAAUUGUCCCGAAACUGAAUACCUGUGAUACUUUCUUUAACCCCAGUGUAGUCAUGCACAUGUUUCGUGAAAAGGAUGAAGUUGUAAUUAGAAGCACUAGAGUCUCUGGAAAAACAGAGGAAAAAACACUAUGGGAAGUACUGCAAGCGUGCAGUGAAGGAAUCGGCAUAAACGAGGAUACAAACGAUUCCAGCACUAUUGAUACUGUUACUAUUACGUGCCCAUCCCACGACAGCGAAAUAGUCAGAUAUGCACUGCUGUCAUAUUUCAAUGCGUGCAAGGCGCAUAUAGACCGUUUGGUGCUUGUUGAGUUUGAAUUUUUACUAAACAAGAAUGUAUUUGAUGACUAUACACUAUUCUUUUCCAUAGAAAAGCUUUUGCUGGUUAAGACAGAAAUUCACAUCAGCACACUCAACCUAUUAAGAGACUGCACAAACAUGAGAGAGCUCUGCUUUGACCGUGUUAAGUUUGAAGGUGAUCCAGAUACUAAUCUGACUCUGCCAUACACCAUAGAAAAAUUUAAAAUACAUUCUAUUAAAGCUGAGUAUGUAAAUUGUAUACUGAGGGGAGCAGCCCAUUGCCACAACUUUAGAGAAAUAGAUAUAGGAAAGAUUAAAUAUAUGAACACGGAUGAACUAAACAACAUAAAAAGCCUUGAAAAUAUGCACACAUUCUAUCUUAAUGACAUAGUUUUCAAUAGGCCACCAGACUUUGCGUUCCUCAAGCGUGCGCACAUGCUUCAAGAGCUGGAUAUGUGCCGGGUUUUCUAUUCUUACUCAGAAGAGGCUUCAGAUGAAGAAGACUCAGAUGAAGUUAAACAAAAUCCUAUAUGUUUUAAUCCAGAUGCUAACGCAGGCGGGCAUUCCCGUUUAAGUGCGAAUUCACUAAACGGCCUGAAAACCCUGGAGGAACAAAACAGAACUAUUGGAGAGUACAUUUCUCCUAUCAGCAUUCAUGUAGACAGCACGCUGUAUACAGCCCUAGGACUGUGCAAAAUAGAACCAUGGAAGGAGUGUAUAUACACUCUGUGCAUUGAAUUAAACUGCGUGCUGUUAGAACCCUUUGCAAAUUCAAUUACGGUUUUAUUCCUUCUUGAUGCACAGCAGCGCUGUCUUAGCAUCAAUGUCAAGUCUGCCACUUCUGAUGACAGCUCUGCAGCUUUAUGCAUCAAGCAGACUGUUUUCCCAUUUUUACAUCUUAAAACCAUUAACGAAAUAGAGUAUGUGAGCCAGUUUAAAGGCAUGGGAGAGAACAAAACAAUCGAUGUAUUUUCUGAACAAAUAGCUGAGUAUGCAAGCUAUAAUCCGGUUGACAGACUGUACAUACUAUCCCCAGACACUCUAAUCCCAAUGAAUAUUUAUAGGAUUGCUAUGCUUAAUAAGAACAUGCCGCGUCUUUCAGAGAUGAUCCUAAAUAAUAUUAUUUUCACUGAAAACAACAGCACUGUGCCAAAAAGCAGAGAAGAUGCAAUUAAUUUACAGUUCUAUACUUCCCAGAUUAAAAACAUGCACCCAAUCAGAUUUAACUACAAACUUAUAAGAAAAGAAAAUAGGCUUGAAUUCACUGAUGAUAUUCCUGCUUCUAGAAGCCAUGCAUUUACUGAUAAGUCAUCUGAUUAA